AGUCCUAUUUUACCAUCGGCUGGCGGGGCAUCUCACCAGCAGGUAAUCAUCGAAAACGCAAGAACUCCUGCAAGUGAAAGACACGCAAAACGACGACGAAAAGGUGCUCGAUCCGUCCCGAACGGUCAGUGAUUAGUGAGAGGUUUGCAGGACUAAGUGCCAAGCCAAAGCAGGAAACACGAUGGGCAGGAACGGGCCUGUACUUGCGCUAGUGAUCGCUUGUGUAUUUGUCGGUCAAGCGUACAGCGAGCAGUAUCUAGGGAAAUUGAUUGGAAAACUAUCAGAACUUCACCAUGGAGUUUCGGGGGAAGUGUACGCCGUUGAUGGGAGGACCCUGCACAUCAAGGAUUACACCUAUGAUGGACAAGGACCAGCUGCUUACUUUUAUGCAAGCUCAGGCAAGACGGCAAGCAGUAACGGAUUCAGAUUGAGAGACGAAAAUGGCAGCGGUGAUGUCAUCAGAAAGUACAGAAAAGAAGGCGUAACCUUGACCCUUCCCGAAGGAAAAACUCUUAGAGACAUCAAGAUUUUUUACGUUUGGUGUGAAGAAUUUACUGUAAACUUCGGUGAUGUCAAAAUUCCAAGAAACUUUGACUUUCCGCGCCCCCAAAAAGUUGACGCCCUUAAGGGUGUCCACGACAUAUCAUCCGACAACAUUGUCAUUGUAGACGCACAAACUCUACUCAUACCCAACUUGUCGUAUGAUGGAGAAGCACCUGACGCCAAGUUCUGGGUGGGCCAUGGUCCUAAACCUAGUCCUCAAGGGAUUAGAGUGCCAGAUGAGAACGGAAAAGAAAUCCCCCUUAGGAAAUACGACAGAAAAACCAUUGUGCUUACUUUGCCUGGAGACUUGACUGUUUUUGAUAUCGGUCAUUUUGGUAUUUGGUGCGAGGCUUUCACUGUCGAUUUUGGACACAUCGUCAUCAAAUCCUCAAAUCUGAACAUCCCGCCUUCCCUGAAAAUGCUGGGAGUCAGCCCACAGUCAAAAUUAAACUGCGAAGUUUUGAACGAUAAAUUGGCUUUGGAAGUAAGAUGGGCCGUGGCAGGGGAAAGUAUAGUUUUACAACUGGUCGCUAAAUUAGACGAGAGGGAAUACGUAUCAUUCGGACUUAGCGGCGAAGAUGACCGAAGCGUGAUGAUUGGUGGAGACGUUGUGGUAGCCUGGGUGGACAAAGAAACCCUCAAGGGUUACGCUGAGGAUUACCAUCUAGACGCCAAAUCUCAGUGCUCAGGCCCUACGGGAUCAUGCCCUGACAACCGUCUGAGUGAAAACUCCAACAACAUCAGACUCCUCAACGCCGCGAUGGUCAAUGGAUACUCCAUCGUCACCUACCAACGCCCCCUCAAAGCUUCGGAUAAAUACGACAGAUCCAUCUACACCAACACCAACCAAUCGCAAGCCAUCAUAUGGGCCGUCGGACCGUUAAACCAAAGGGACGAAGUCUCCUUCCACAGCAGUUACACCAAAGGAGAUGCCUUCUUGAACUUCGGGCGUCCAGCCAAGUGGAACUGUCCCAUGCCGGAAAGCGAACCGCCAUCCAUGAAAGCAGUCACUUUGAGAAGCAGGCAGCAAGUUGUCGAAGAGCCGCAAGAAGCUGAACCAGCUGAAGAAGUUGAAGAACCAGUUGUAACUCCUGCACCAGCCAGAAGCAGUGGAAGAAGGAGGGGUGGCAACCGUGUGCAGCAACGCGAGCAACAACGCGAACAACCGCAACAAGCCGAUUCUGAAAGGAGCGCUUCCAGACAGAAGCAGCAAACUAGCAGGGGGUCUACCAGAGGAAGUCAAAGAGGUAGCGUAAACACAGCCAAAGCCGUACCCACCCCAGCCCCAGUAUCUAAGAGGAACCCAUGGUACAUCCCUCCAAUUAAGUGCGAUGAACCCGACGACCAUGUUCUUUACGCACAAAUGGGACCCACAGGAAGCAAGAGGGGAUACCCAGCGAUUACAGGGCACGUUGGAUGGGGUAUUUCAUGGUACAUAAAUGGGCUUCUUAUCCCCGAAAUCAACGUAGUUAGAGGCGUACAAUAUACUUUCAUUGCUGAGGGUGGAGAUGAUCCCGAAGUUCCAGCAAAAUACCAUCCCUUCUAUAUCACAGAUGACUCCGUGGGAGGUUAUGAACAUAAAUCACCGGAAGAGAAGAAGAAUGUUACAAUAUUCUCUGGAGCCGUUAAAGACAAAGAUGGAAACUACGUUCCCACAGGAACUGGGCGUUUAUGCCACUGGACUCCAGACUCUGACGUUGAUGCUGAUGACUUCGAUUCCUUUGGAGAGUAUCAGCGUUACUUGAAAUUGAAAUGCGACGUGGGUGAACCUGGGGUAAUAACCUGGACUCCUGACAGAAACACACCCGAUACUGUCUAUUAUCAAUGCUUCACUCAUCGGUACUUGGGCUGGAAAAUUAACGUUUUAGAUUCUUGCGAUGAAGCCUCAGCAGCCAGUGAAGUAAAACCUGUAGUGGUCGAGGCACCUUUAAACUUGGAGGAAGAAUACAAGGGGGAUCUGGAAGAUAGUCCCUCCAUUAGGAUAGAAACAAGGGUAAAACCAAAUGCAAUACAAUUAACCGAAGAAAAAGAAGUACAACCAACUUUAAAACCAUCAUUUUCAGAACUGAUAACCAAACCUAUACAUCAAGAACGACCUGUACAAAUUUUCCUACCACAACAAGGCUUUCACGAUCCAUACAGAUACAAUCCAGGGAGGUACCAAUACCCAUUCCAGUUCGAAAAUCCCUACGCUUACAAUGACUUCAGACCAAGCCCUACCAUGGACUACAACACUGCCAAAACUAGCACUACAAGUACUACAACAAGCACAACCACGACAACUACCACUACUACAACAGAAAAACCAAACACUAACACAAAUACUAACAUCAACUCUAAAAUCAGUUCUGUUCCAGUACAGACAAAAUUCAACGACGUUUUUCUCCUACCACCACCUUCAAAACGACACUACAACAACUACAGGCCAUUACUGAGACCAAACUUUCAAUCAUUUCCUCUGAGAAACCCAAACCAAGCCAUGAGACAUGUCAUCACCGUCCCAUCCCAUCACAUGCUCCCGAAAAAACCCAUCUACAAACCAGCAAUCAAACCUUACAUGAGACCGAUGUUUAUUAAUCCCUUCAUGCAAUAUCAACCCAUGCAGCACAUGAAUAACAUGCCGAUAAUCUCUUUGGUCCCGAAAAUAUCACAACCCCAAUUACAAAAGACAGAAUUUGUUGUAACUACAACGACAACGACAACUCAGAAACCUCAAAACGAAAUAAAAAACGUGGAAAUUUCACCGCAACAACCUUCCACCGAAAGAGAUCCUGAAGUAUCCUUUUCUUCUUCUUCACUGUAUGUUUCUGAAAUUAGGCAAAUGCCACCUGCUCGUAAUACGGGCUUCAUACCAUCCUCUGUGGUCAUAGAAAAGGGGUUUAAGCCUAUAAUAAGCAAGGAGUUUAAUAAGCGAGUGUCAGAGGAUGAGCCUGAGUUGAACUACGAAGGGGAACUUGGGGUUAUAAAUAUAAGAGGCGAUAGUAGGAUCAAGCCUAUGCAUAGCUCUACAGAUAAAUACUUGGUUAAUAAAAGACAAUUUUCCAAGAAAAAGGUGGUUAAAAUAGUCUAUAAACAUCCCAGAAGUUUGAAUGAAACCAUCGGUGGUAUAGCGAAUGCUACCGACAUGGAACCCAUUGCAGAGGCUGCCGAACGUGUCUCGUAUUACUUACCUCCAAAAGAUGCAAACCCUGAAAAAAGCAUUAAAACCCGAGUUCAAUCGCCGUCUGAAAUAGACAUAGACAUAGAAAUACCUCGCGCUGCGUCUACAGAUGUGGAUUCUUCCCGCGUCGACUUGGCCCCUGACGUAGUCGUCACAUACGACGGAAAAAGGAUAUCGGGAGCCAGUCUAACAGCCAAGGUGGACGAUAGAGGCAACGUGAUAGACUACAAACCGUCCAAAGCAGUGCAGUUACUCAAAAUAUACCCGCAAACUCUACCCUACAGCGGCGAUUUACCGCCACUGUACCCAGAGUUCCUCAACAGCAAAGUCCCCCCUGUACAAGGAACUAUAAAUAGAGGUCUGGACGCUCCUUUGCCUUCCACCAAACUCACAAGAGUUACGAAUCUCGAACCCCAGGAGUUGAGGAGGUCGAGGAGGUAUGCCCAUCACACUCCCGAACAUUCUUUGGAACAGGAAAUCCAGAGGAAUGCAACGCAAAGUAAAAGCUCUUCCGGUGGUUUGCAGGCGAAUUGGUUUAAUAGUAUGGUGGUUGUUGUGGUCGCUUACUGUCUAUCGUAUUUAUAAAAUUUCUGUUUUAAUUUUUAGGUAAUGUUAAGUUUUUUAAUUUUAUACAUAAGAGUCGUUAUUAGUUUGUAAAUAAAGGAAAUUAAU